GGGGCCCCGGGGCUCUGCCUCCAGCCGCUCCUCGGGGCGGUCCCGUGGAGGCUCCGGCGGGAUUGGGGCUGAAUCCUGUCAGCGCGGGGAUGGCUCUGGCCGGGCUCCAGCGGCAGAGUUGGACUCACGGGGGGAAACAGGAGGGGCCCCCCCGGCCCAGGUGCUGGGGGGGGCGGCUCCCCCCGGGGACAUCCGUGUGCCGGCCCACUGUGGCGAGGUGUGUGACGCCAGAAGCAGAGCCGAGCCUCAUAUUUGGGCACGAAGCAGGUUAUUGGAGGCUGUGGCCCCGCAGCUGGGCGAUCCCUCGGCUGAUAAAGGCUCCCCUGGUGCUGCCGCCUGCACCGGCUCCGGCGCUGCCGCUACAUCAUCCCCUGCCUGCGCAGGGGGUGCGGGACCUGUCGGGGAUGGGGCCGGUCGUGGCUCUGGGGCUGCUGCUGUGCCUGCAGCUGUGUGAGGGCUCCGGGCAGCUGCGGCUGGUGGGGGGCGGCGGGCGCUGUGCCGGACGCGUGGAGGUGAAUCACGACGGUGAGUGGGGCUCUGUCUGCGCCUACGACUUCGACUGGGAAGCCCUCUGGGCCACCGUGGUGUGCCGGCAGCUGGGCUGUGGCCGCGUGGCCUCGUCGUCCCUGUACGCCCCGUUCGGGCAGGGCAGCGGCCGGAUCUGGCUCCAGCUCUACUGCCGUGGCACCGAGGAGGUGCUGGAGGAGUGUCGGAACUUCGGAUGGGGCCAGCACUCCUGCGGCCACGAGUGGGACAUGGGGGUGACCUGCACAGAGGCCGUGGAGCUGAGGCUGGUGGGCGGCGGUCCCUGUGCCGGGAGGGUGGAGGUGAAGCUGCGGGGACACUGGGGCUCGGUGGCAGAUGAGAUCUGGGACAUGGAUGAUGCCGAGGUGGUGUGCCAGCAGCUGGGCUGUGGCUCGGCUGCCGGCGCCUACUCCGCCCGCGACCGCUUUGGCACUGGGGGUGGGCUCGUCAACCUGAUCCUGGUGGACUGCAAGGGGGACGAGGCCACGCUCUGGGACUGCGAGAUCCGCGGCUGGGGACCCUACAAUGGUUUCCAAGACGACUUUGACACCGCUGUCAUCUGCCAAGGGUUUUCCCGGCUGGUUGGAGGUGACAGAGCCUGUGCCGGGCGGUUGGAGGUGCGGCAGCGCCAGGCCUGGGUUGGCGUCUGCGCGGAGCACGUGGACAUGAAGGUGGCCCAGGUGGUGUGCCGGGAGCUGGGCUGCGGCACGGCGCUGGCCAUCCCCGGCAGCGGCCGGUUUGGGGCGGGAACGGGGCCGCUGUGGGAGGGGGGGUUCAACUGCACCGGCAGCGAGCCCCUCCUCAGCGCCUGCGCCCGGCGGGUGCCCCACAGCCAGGGCUGCGCUGGCCACGCCACCAUCAUCUGCUCCCCCUACACGGGCUUCCGGCUGGGGAACAGCAGCUCGGGCUGUGCCGGGCGGGUGGAGGUGGAGGUGAGGGGCACGUGGGGGUCCGUCUGCGCCACCGACUGGGACCUGCCCGAUGCCGACGUCCUGUGCCGCCACCUGGGCUGUGGCCACGCCGUCACCGUGCCCCCGGGAGGCUCCUUCGGCAGCGGGGACGGGCCGCUGAGGCCGGACGCCUUCGGCUGCAGCGGGAGCGAGCGGCACCCGGGCGAGUGCCCCGUGGCGGUGCUGGGGGAGCCCCCCUGCAGCCCGGGGAACGCCGCCGCCGUCAACUGCUCAGGCAUCGUGAAUUCCGUGCGGCUGGUGGAGGGUGAGAGCCGAUGUGACGGGUGGCUGGAGUUGGCCAUAAGCUCUGGGGUCUGGCGCCGUGUGCCAGGAGAGGUUUUGGCUGAACGGAAUUUCAGUGUGGUGUGUGGGAAGCUGGGCUGUGGUGGGCUGGACAAGAGCCAUGCUGUCGUUGGUACGGUCCCCGUGUGGAACAUGAGCGAUUCAGAGCAGAACAUUACAAUAGAAGUGGUCCACACUCUCUGGAAGAUGACCAACCAGGAGAUGCCUGUCUGGCUGAACGACUUAAUAAUCGGGGACAUGACCACCGGGCCAACCGACAUCCCUCACGGGGCAGCCAUCGUCUGCUCAGGUGGGUGUCCCGAGAAGGGCCGGGGUGCUGGUGCCCCGAGCAGCCCCCAGCCCGGUCCCUCCGUGCCCGCAGGCAGCCGGCGGGUGAGGCUGGCGGGCGGUGCCGGGCGCUGCGCCGGGCGCGUGGAGGUCUAUGCCGGUGGCACCUGGAGCAGCGUGUGCCAGGAGCGCUGGGACCUGCGGGCCGCCGCCGUUGUGUGCCGGGAGCUGGGCUGUGGCGCGGCACUGGAGGCCCCCGGCUCGGCGCGCUUCGGCCCCGGGCCGGGGACAGCGUGGCCGUACGUGGUUGAGUGCGCCGGGAGCGAGGAGUCUCUCUGGGAAUGCCCACGCUCGGAAGGGCGCGAGUGCGAGCGCGGGGCCGGGGCCGGGGCCGGGGCCGUCUGCUCAGAGCAGCUCUCCCUGCGGCUGGUGGGCGGGCGCGGGCGCUGCAGCGGGUACCUGGAGCUGCUCCACAACGGCACCUGGGGCCGCGUGUGCGCCACCGGCACCAGCCCCGGCACCGCCGCCGCCGUCUGCCGGCAGCUGGGCUGCGGGGACGGGGGGCAGCUGGCACCCGGCCCCGCCCAGCAGCCGGCCCCCGCCUGGCUGGCCUGGGUGGGCUGCGAGGAGGGGGCCCGCUCGCUCUGGGGGUGCCCCUCGGCACCCUGGCACCUGCAGGCCUGCGGCCCCGGAGGGGACGCCCACGUGUCUUGUGCGGAGGACAGUGACAACCCCAGCGAGACAGCCACCACCCCGUGCCCGGACGGGGCCACCUGCACAGCUGUCCCCAGCAGCAGCGGCCCUGCGGUGGCCAGGGGGACUGUGCCGGUGCCAAGCGGGCAGGUGCCCAGGGGGACUGUGCCGGUGCCGGUGGUCCUGUGCGUGGUCCUGGGGACGCUGCUGUGCCUGGCCCUGGGCGCCCUGGCCGUGCUGAUGUGCCGCGCCCGCGCUUGGCGCCGAGGCCCCGGCAGAGCCGUGGGUGCCAUCCCCGACGCCAUCUACGAGGAGCUGGACUACAGCGCGAUGCCGGAGUACCAGGAGGUGCCCAGUCGCCCAGGUUCCCCGCGGGAGGGCUCCGUGAAGAAGCUGCUGUGUUACACCGGGGACAGCGUGGAGGGGAGUGACACCGGGGCAGCCCCAGUCCCAGUCCCCCCUGCCCUGCCUGGGCACAGAACCCCAGAUGGCUACGACGAUGCCACAGCAGGAACCCUGGGUGGCUACGACGAUGCCAUGGCUGGAACACUGGAUGGCCACGAUGAUGCCACAGCUGGAACCCUGGAUGGCUACGACGAUGCCAUGGUUGGAACCCUGGAUGGCUACGACGAUGCCACGGCCGUGCCAGAGGAGUCUCCCGCUCCCAGCACUGGGGAGAUCUCCGAGGGAGUGGCACGGAGGGGCUGGAUCUGUGUCCCACCCACAGUGGUGCAUUCCCCAGCAGUCCCACGGCAGCUCUUGGGCAGUGCAGCUGCCAGAGGUCCCUCUGGACUGUGGGACGGGCAAAAACUCCAAAUAAAAGCACGUAUGCAGAUUCUGAGACUGUUACAAAGACAGGCGAUGGGACAUGGAAAUAACAUCUCUGUUUUGGAUCAUGGUGUGCUCGAGCAGGCCUGGCAAGCAGACUUUUCAGCUCGCGUGGUGAUGCCUAAAAAGCCAGCCAUCAGGAUAUGCUGGGAUUGCUCCUGCUCCUCCUCUGCUGCUGGCUCUGACUCGGUGGCACAUAAGAAGGAUGACCUUCAGUGACGUGCCUUUAAUCUAAGAAAGAUGAGUAAAAAAAAAUAAAUCACUGUUCAGUCCUGUUGCAUGAAGGUAAAGCACUGCUCCCAGGUUUGUAAGGUGUAAAAGAUGUGCUUCUUCAGGAACUCUGGUUAUACAGAGCAGAGAGGGGAAAGACUCUCUGGCUCAGGAUUAUUUCUCGAUGAUGUAGUUGCUUUAAGUGAUUUGCAGGAUGAAGAGAUAGUCCUCAGGUGUCCUCAGAGGCAAAAACUGGAAUCAAGUCAAGGAUGCUGCUGGUCUGCUGCUGUUUCUUUCCAAGCUGCUUAAUGGCACUCAUUAGGUUGGCUUGGGCUGAUUGUCAAGGGGGAAGUAGAAUUGCCAGAGGGGGUAUUUGUUUCCUCUUUUAGCAAGGGGAAGGAAAAAGGAAAAUCCAUGUGAUGGAGGUGAGGUCGAUAUUCGAGGCAUUCCACUGGGAUAAGGAAAACUGGAUACGACAGUGCAAGCCCCAUGGGUGCUCCCAAAAUCCCUGCAGCUGGAGAGAGGGGGGAGACUCCUGUUUUCUGACCAAAUAACAUGAUGGGAUGCAGUUUCCAGUUGCCCGAGUCCAUAAAACGGAGCAUUUGGGAGCUGUGGGGUUUUUAAGAGAAGCAGCUUUGAUAACUUUUCUAACUCACCACACAGCUCCAUAGCAAAUAACCCAGGAAUAAUUUAAGAUUCUCAUCCCUGACAGUUCUGAGACACAGGUCAGGCAAACCUCCUGGCACAGACUGGGUGUAUGUAUUUAAUCCUGUCUCAGCGCUGAGAAGCUGUCUCUCUUUUGAGGCCCAGUCAAUUGUAGCCUUCUUUUAUUAUAACUGCUGUUCUCUCCCAAGGGAAUUAGGAGCAUCUCCUUUUUUCUUCAAGAUAACAGCAGAUUUUGCAUUAAAAAAAAACAAAACAACAAAACCACAAACCCCUCCCUACUACCAGAAUUGGGCUGUAAAAGAUUUUUUUGUUUGCUUGCUUUUUUACUCCCACGGUGAAUAAACUGAUUUCCAGAAAAUUUCUCAGCAUGCUUAUUCAAUGCCUCUCACCCAUUUUUUUUUUGGAAAAAAACCCAACCAAACAACCUAAAAUGCCCAUUUUCAGCAAAGAAAAGACAGUUUCUGUGUUUUCUUUUGUGGAUGAAUUGAUCUCUCCAUGUCUCUUUUGUCAGCUAUUACCUCUCUGUUGCUGUAACAUCUGGCACAAGAAAGAAGUGCUCUGGUGAAGAAACCACCUGGGAAGAAACCAAGGAUCCUAAGAGAAAACUGUCCCUGACAAAAGGGCCUAUAAGAAACUUCAAAUUAUUGGGGGUUGAGAGAGAAAAUUAGAAGCAGAGUGUGGGAAAAGUAAAUAAGUACUGAAAAGAGAGUGAACUCCGGCAUGAAUAGGUUGUAUACAGAGAAAAAGAUCUGGCCAAGUAACAACAACAACAAGCAAUAAGUUGUUAACAGAUGCUUGAACUUCAUAUUGAAACAGCAGAAGUGUUGAUAUAAUUCUGUUGAUAUAGCUCUGCUGUGUUACUGUUGGCAGAAGAAGUUAGUUUAACUUUAGGGGAAGGGUAAAUUGUAGGCUCUUGUUUAUUUUCUCCGGCUAAAAACCUCUGACUUGACUUUUUACCUGUUUUUGUAGUGAAUUUUCAUCAUACCAUGUAAGUAUGAAAUCAUUCAGACAAACAUUUCACAUGUCAAUAAAGCUGUGUGUGUGUAUA